CAAACAUUUAUGCCAGCCAUGUUUUCCAGCAGCACCAGUACAGGGACCAUGGCGGCGCCGCUCCACUUCGUGCUGGUGCCGCUCCUUGCCCAAGGCCACGUGAUCCCCAUGAUGGACAUGGCGCGCCUCCUCGCCGGCCGGGGCGGCGCGCGCGUCACCGUCGUCCUGACCCCCGUCCACGCCGCGCGUAGCAGGGCCGUCCUGGAGCACGCCGGCCGUGCGGGGCUCGCCAUCGACUUCGCCGAGUUCCAGUUCCCAGGUCCGGCUGUGGGGUUGCCUGAGGGUUGUGAGAGCCUCGACAUGAUCAAGGGCUUCUCCGAUUUCGCUCUUUUCUACGAGGCCGUGUGGCUGCUCGCCGGCCCGCUCGAGUCGUACCUCCGGGCGCUGCCGCGGCUGCCGGACUGCCUCGUCGCCGACACGUUCAGCCCGUGGACGGCCGACGUCGCGCGGCGGGUGGGCGUCCCUCGGCUCGUCUUCCACUGCCCGUCGGCGUUCUUCCUACUGGCGGUGCAUAACGUGGAGAAGCAUGGCGUGCACGGCCGUGUGACCGACUUCCUCGAGCCGUUCGAGGUGCCGGACUUUCCCGUGCGCACCAUGGUCAACAAGGCGACGUCGCUCGGGUUGCUCCAGCUGCCGGGGCUCGAGAGGUACCGGCGCGACACGCUGGACGCCGAGGCCAGCGCCGACGGCCUGGUCAUCAACACGUGCGCGGCCUACGAGGGCGCAUUCAUCCAGCGGUACGGCGAGGCGCUCGGCAAGAAGGUUUGGGCUGUCGGGCCGCUCUGCCUCCUUGAUUCCGACGCCGAGAUGCUGGCCGGGAGAGGCAAGAACGGUGCAGCCGUCGUCGACGCCGGCCACGUUGUCUCGUGGCUCGACACGAAACCGCAGCAGUCCGUGCUCUACGUUAGCUUUGGGAGCAUCGCCCGCUUGUUCCCGCCGCAGGUCGCGGAGCUCGCCGCUGGGCUGGAGGCGUCGAACCGGCCGUUCAUCUGGGUGGCGAAGGAGACCGAAGGGUUUGACUCCGGCUUCGACGCUCGCGUGGCGGGCCGUGGCCUUGUCAUCCGCGGGUGGGCGCCGCAGAUGACCAUCCUGUCGCACCCUUCGGUUGGAGGCUUCUUGACGCACUGCGGUUGGAACUCAACGCUGGAAUCCCUCUCGCACGGCGUGCCGCUCCUUACCUGGCCGCACUUUGCCGACCAGUUCCUCACCGAGGCACUCGUCGUGGACGUGCUCGGCGCAGGCGUCCGUGCCGGCAUUAAGGUGCCACUAAUGCACCCCGAGGUGUCGAAAUUUCAGGUCGGGAGGGAGGAUGUAAAGAAAGCGGUGGCCGAGAUAAUGGAUCAUGGGGCGGCGAUACGGUCCAGGGCCAUGGAGCUCGCAACAAAGGCGAGGGACGCGAUGGCAUCAGGAGGGUCGUCGGACGUGGAUAUCGGGGACAUGAUUCGCCAUGUUGCCGAGCUCACAAAAAAGGAGGAUCAGUAACUGUUGAGAAGAGCACAGCUCUCGCCGGUUCAAAAUUUAGGCCCAGUUCUUCUGGAUGCUUAAAAGACACAUUCUUCAGGAGGCCUCCUCUGCUGCUCCAAAAUUUAGUACUCCCUCUGAUCUAUAUUAAUGAACUUUACUUUAUCUAGAUUUAUAUGUAUCUAGUCUAAACUAGAUACAUGUGUAUCUAGAUAAAGUUGAGUCUAUUAAUAUAAACCGGAUGGAGUACUAGCUUAUUAGUAUU